AUGCCUGUCGUUGCAGCUCCGCCUCAAGGCCACGGCCCCUCCACCUUUGACAAGAUGAAGAUGGGUGCUCUGAUGGGAUCGACCGUUGGCGGUAUCAUGGGAUUUAUCAUCGGAACCGUCACUAUCUUCCAGUAUGGCGCUGGGCCUAACGGUGUGAUGCGCACUCUGGGAAAAUACAUGCUUGGUUCGGGUGCAACUUUCGGUCUUUUCAUGUCGAUUGGUAGCGUUAUCCGUACCGAAGGACCUCACAACGACGCUUGGCUGCGUGCUCGGGGACCCCCAAUGAUGCUUCCUCGUCAGUCUCCUCUACGGCCCAUGCGUCAGUAG